AAUCCGGCCACCGCGCCGGCGUGAAAUCGUCAUCUUCGUGACUUUUCUGUCACGUUGUCACGUGUAUGCAACUGUCAUCUAGAAGUGUCAUUCGUUUCUGGGGAUUCCCGCGAUUAUUAGGUAUUCAUUAAUUCGUGUGCUUCACGACGAUAUUCUGCAACCUUUGACAAAGUGAUGCCAGCAAUAUUGAUUCAACUUAACCUCGAAAUUGUUUAAUUGCGGUCCACUACUAAUUGUGCACUUUUGCCAAACAGCCACAGUCUUUAAGAUGGAAAAAUCCAAAGAGGAAAAACCUAGUACCGCUGAAGACAAAAAGGACAGCGGGUCUGAAGAUGAAACUCCAAACUCGUCGGCAGGUGCAACGGAACUCGAAGAUUCAAGCGUUGGAAAGAUUCGAAAAUAUCUGGCUCAAAAGUUGGGGCUACAUGAUUCUGACGAUGAAACAGACAGGCAGGGUGCGCAGAUGUUGACAGAACUAUCGCUUGAUGGAAUCGCAGAAUAUAUUAAAAGUAGUGGCUGUAAAAAGGUUAUCACCAUGGCCGGUGCUGGGAUAUCCACGUCGGCUGGAAUACCAGAUUUCCGUUCACCUAAAAGCGGACUUUACCACAAUCUAGAAAAGUAUAAUCUGCCGCAUCCUCAGGCCAUUUUUGAGCUGGACUUUUUCAUGGAAAAUCCAGAGCCAUUCUUUGUUCUGGCAAAGCAGUUAAUGCCAAUUGGAUUUAAACCUACUCCAAGUCAUUACUUUAUACGAUUACUUUGGGAAAAAGGACUGUUGUUACGUCACUAUACACAGAAUAUCGACACCCUAGAGCGUGUUGCUGGGAUACCUGGCGACGCACUGGUCGAAGCUCAUGGAACUUUUCAUUCUGGUCAUUGCCUGCAAUGCAAGGCAGCAUAUGCUUUUGAAUGGAUGAAAGAAAAAAUCCUUGCGGAUGAGAUACCAAGAUGCGAGAAAUGCAAGGACGGCAUUGUUAAGCCGGACAUUGUGUUUUUUGGUGAAUCGUUACCAGAUAGAUUCCAUACGCUUAUAGAUAAGGAUUUCAAGCAAGCAGAUCUAUUGAUCAUUAUGGGAUCAAGUCUAGUUGUGCAACCAUUCGCCUCUCUUGUCGACAUGGUUCCUCCAAAUUGCCCUCGGCUUCUCAUAAAUAAAGAAAAGGUUGGGAUGCAGGAUCGUAUUAUGAGAUUCUUAGGUUUGAAGCAAGGGUUGAUGUUCGAUCCUACAGAUACUAAUACAGGAAGAGACGUCGCGUGGCUAGGUGAAUGUGACACUGGGUGUCAACUGCUAGCUGACAAGCUUGGAUGGGGAGAGGAGAUGAAGGAUCUUAUUGAAAAAGAACAGAAGAACAUUGAAGUUGAAAAGUCGAAGGAAGGUUGAUGUUAUAAUCAUCGAUUUUUUGGUAUUGAAAUUUUUUCACUUGAUUUAUUAACUUUUACUUUCACCCUCUGUGUGAACACUGAGUCUGUUAGGGAAUAUUCGUUUUCUGAACAUCAAUUGUUAUGAACAAUUCUUCAAAAUUUUUCAGUCUCCUAACAUGUGUAGGUAACGUGAUAAUGUAGUUAGCACUUUGAGAAGAAGCCCUG